GAAUUAAAAACAUUGAGCUGGAGGCUGCUCUGACUGGUGAGUCAAACAAAUUGAUGUUGUUGUGGUUCACUGAAACAUGUCUCCUCCUUCUUUAUUUAGAGGAAGUGUUUAGGAGUAUUUACCAGUUAAAUCUGUCCUCACUUACAGCUCUUUUCUCUGGGCAGGGAAGUUACAACCAGCAACAUGGCCUGUAUUUAUGGAGACAUUACCAAGAUCAGCACAACUGGAGCAUCUGAAAAAACAGCUAGGCAGGACAAGCUCACUGUCAAAGGGGUGGAAGCUUCAUAUAAACUGGCUGAGAAUGAUCUGAGGAAGAUGGAGCAGUACAAGAACGUUAUCAUCAAAGUUGGCAGAGCUAAGCAGAUGGACCCAGCUGUCAUCGCAGGCAUCAUAUCCAGAGAGUCCAGGGCUGGGUCAAUUCUUGUGAAUGGCUGGGGAGACCAUGGCAAUGGUUUUGGACUCAUGCAGGUUGAUAAGAACCACCACACUCCAAAGGGAGCCUGGAACAGCGAGGAACACCUCACCCAAGGCACCGAUAUUCUAAUACAAUCUAUUAAAGACAUUCAAAAGAAAUUCCCCAGCUGGCCCAAAGAGCACCAAUUUAAAGGAGGAAUCGCAGCCUACAACUUAGGCCCAGGAAACGUCCGCACAUAUGAGCGCAUGGACAUCGGCAGCCCAGGAGAUGAUUAUUCCAGUGAUGUGGUGGCCCGGGCUCAGUUCUUUAAACGCAAAGGUUACUGAGCAAAAUUUAAUUACAAUGCUGCACUGCAUAAAACUCAGUUUCUAGCAUGGAUGUAUUUCAUUUAUAGAUUAUAGACAGGGCUCGAUUUUUGAACAUGUUAAUACCAAUUUGUAUCAGGAGUAUGCUGUUAACAAAAUGUGUGUUUGUCUCUGUUCAGUUGGUUUCUGCUGGAAAUUAGAAUAAGAACUUUUACAAAUAGCAAUAACAAUCAGGUGAUACUUUCACUGAGUUAUCAAUAUUUUGGGGGAGUGGAAUUAGUAAUUAUAUUAAAAAUAUGUUAAACAACUCAUAUGAUUUUACUUUAAAAUUUUUAACAGUAUUUUUGAUUGAGCUUUGACUUCUCAGCUAGCUUCAUGAAGUAGCUUUACCCUAGGGGCUUUUUUGAAUGUUCAUAAAUAGGCUGAGCUCCACAAUAUUCCUCAUCACUAUAAGAAAGCUAUGUGUUUGGGGAAAGCUACUGUUUUUACAUUUUAAUUCAGAAUGAAAUGCAAUAAGUUUUUAUUAAAAUUAA